AUGGGAGAAACAGCGACCGUGUCGCACAGUGUGGUCGUCGUCCCGGUGGUAGCUACAGCUGGAAAGCAGGAGCCGGGGUGCCAGUGCCCGGCCACAGCGGCUGACAGGCCGCUGCUGGAUGCUCGCCGAGAGUACUCGAGUCUGGAAGCCUCGCUGACAAACAACGAUGACUAUGGAAAGGGAGAGAUGUGCACAUUUCAAGUCCAAAGCCAGCCGCCGCAAAAUCCAGGGGCGGUGGCCGGUGCGAAUUGCCGAAGCGAUGAGCACCGUGAGAGAAGGUGCAGGUUCAGCCUGCGGGUGCUUGUGAUUGCAAACAUUCUUCUGAUGAUCUUGGUGGUCUCGGUCAUCUGUGUUGUGCCACUGGAGACAACAAGUAGAAAGGCGUUGAAUUUAGGACUCCAGUCGACGAUAAAAAGCUCCUCGGAGAUGGCCAGUAAGUCCACAGCAAACAACUUCAUUUUACUCCAGGAGGUCAUCAGUACUAUAGCCCUCAGUUUACAGUUCAAUCAGACCGUACAGCUGCACCCUUGGAGAGACACCAGCAUGCCAACCGUGAUGCAGCAAUUAUGUGGUUUCGUUGCCAAUUCUGUAGUUUCGGGUCAUCUGCUUUACUUACAUCUCAGUAGUCCCUAUUCAGGUUAUGGUGCAUACUGCUCUCGGCAGUACGAUGGAGAGACGUUGAUUGGGAAGUAUGUCCGACGUGGAGAGUCUGACUACCGUUACGAGGUUGACCGAGAGACGCUGAAGUAUGCCGAGCCAAAACAGCCCUUUUUGGAGGUUUCCAAAAUGACAGAAAGACAAAAUACUGUGGACUUCGCCGCCCCUGAUAACCCAUUUCUGAACAUCGCAAUACCCUGGGUUGAGUUAGGCCAGCAACGCCGGUGGUGGGUCUUCGCGAGGUCAGGCAAGACAAUGGUGACGUACACGUACCCUUUUAGAGACUACCUUGGCAAGCUGGCGGUGAUCACAGGUGCUCUCCAGCUGGGCAAACUUCAGAGUGUUUAUCCUGAGGUGUUGCUCUCUGAGGUGGGCAGCUCGAUGGUGGUGGAACUUCAGAGUGGACUUGUACUGAGCACCAACCCAAAUGAAGGGAAACCGACCGUGUGGGAUAAUUGGAACUGCACCGUGACACCCGAAAGGUGUUGCGAGGGUGCGCAAGAUUCGGUCCAAUACAUUGACUCAGUCAACAAUCCGGACAUGCGGACAGCCGUUGCGAAGCUCGGUGGGAGGGACGGCAUCAUGAUGCUAUUACGGCAGGAACGGCAUUCACAGGUCAGAUUCACAAGCGAACACCGCAUCCUUGUCGUUAGUGUAACCCGAGUCGAUAUUUCAGAUGAACGUCUCAAUCUUGCUGUCAUUGGCCUCACGCAAAAAGCGGCGGUCACUGGAACGCUCGACAAAACCCGCAAUAGGGUGGUCGCUGCCCUGGCAGCAUCUGUUCUGUGCAUCGCGGUUCUGGAAAUGGCAUUUGUUUAUGUUAUUGUGAAGCCGAUGGGGGAAAUAGCCCAUGGCCUUGAUCUGAUGAUGCAGCUCCGUGAUGGAUCCGAUGUCAUCAAAGGCUCCUCCCCGGUUAACGAGGUUGCGUUGAUGCAGCGCCGAUUCCGGAUGCUAAAUCAGCAACUUAUGUACAUGAAAGCGUUCUUACCACACGGGGUCAUGGGACAAUGUAACGCAGAGGUCGAUGAUGCGGCGCCGCAAGAUCUUACGAAGAAUGAAACAUCUAGAUGCAGUAUGUAUGUGGCACCAGUAGCAGCUGAGAAAUCAACAGCACCUACAACUGAACUUUCUGUUACUCCAACAAAAGUCAAUGACGUGGAUGCCUUCCACUUUCGAUUCAAUGAGAAUGUAUUGAAAGACGUGGUCAAUCAAUUCCGCCGUCGGUACUGCAGCGUUGUGUGCGUGAGUAUGGCCCUCCGCGAUGAUGAUUAUGUCAUUGACGGUUUGGUGCAGGAAUUCUUGGGGACCUGUAUCCCCCUUCUCAUGCGGUACGGUGGCGUGAUAGAGAUACAGCGCCCAGAUUUCUUAAUGAUCAGCUUUGGCGCCCACUCCAACAUGGCACGGAACCAAAUGCAGGCGGUGUGCUUCGCCAUGGAGCUGAUGCAGGUGGCCAGGAAAGACAUACUGGUGCGGCUCGGUGCCAUUGUGGAUGCAGGGGAGUACCUGGUCGGCACCUGCGGGGCCGCAAACCGUAACGCACGUGUGACGUAUGGGCGGCAGAUCCCCCUGCAAGCAGAGCUUCUGAGGCUUGUGCAAACCCUCAAGUGUCACGUGCUUGUGACGCGGCCUAUCGCCAUCUCCCUCGACGUGCAGUUCCUGACGAUACCUGUGGAUGCCGUUGUGUGCGGCGUCUCCAAUAUGCUCGUCGUUCUCUACGAACUGAGAGGACACACAGGGGCACUAGAGCCGGAGCGUGUGUCCGAGGUGCAGCGCACUGCCCGUGUUAUUCGCCAUGGAUUUUCAAACAUGCUGAAGGGAAGGUAUGUGGAAGCGGCUCGUUUGCUCUCAAGGGUGGGGGGCAAGGACGUUCAAGCCGAUCGCCUGUUGAGGAUGUGCAACCGCUUUAUACGCAAAGGGAUUACCAAACCGUAUCUUCGUGGUAGUAGCAAAUCCAAGGUCACAGUAGUCGGUCCCAAGAACAGCAACCACACUGAUCCCCUGGCUGUCUCCGCCGAGGAUGUAAUGCUUCCAAUGCUGCAUCUCAAGCAAGGAUUCUUGCGCGAGGGUACGGAGCUGGAGAACAACGUCUUUGGUAACAUGUCAUUGAGCGCUGCGACGCUGCACAGGCACACACUGCCGAUAGAGAACCAUACAGAGGCUAAUACCGACGAGGAGUGCGAGCGAGGUCUCUUCGAGAUGUUUCUCUUAUCCUCCUCCGAUGAGGAUGAGGAAGUGGAUGGGUCUCCAACAUCAAGCCAGGUGGCAGGAGGAGGCAUGGCGCCGACCUUCCGCGGCAAUGCAAAGGGGGAACUCCCAUUUGUCUUCACAGACGUGCAGGGCAACUCGUGGACGCGGUCAGCCGAGAAGAUUGGCGUUGGCGCCUUCUCGGUGGUGUACCGCGGCAUGUCAUCUUCAGGGGAUCUCGUCGCACUCAAAUGCUUCGCGCUACGUGCCCGCCACAUUGACAUUGAGGACAUCGUUGAGGAGCUCAAGCUGUUCUCGCAGCUCCGACAUGAGAAUAUUGUACAGUACAUCAGCUGCUACUUUUCGAGCGAUUAUCUUAUUGAGGUAAUGGAGCUUGUCCCUGGUGGCUCGCUCGAUAGUAUUCUCGGCAAUUUCGGGAUUUUGUCAACGAUGGCGGUGCGCCGAUUCCUGCGGGACGCUUUACGUGGGCUGAUGUAUCUCCAUUCCAAGAACGUCGUGCACUGCGACGUGAAGCCGCACAACGUGUUGGUGGCGAUGGACGGUGUGUGCAAGCUGACGGACUUUGGGUCCUCCCUCCUCCGCCUGACGAACUCGAUUCAGAACAUCAGCAGCGUCUUCGAGAUGCGCGGCACGCCGGGGUACAUGGCGCCAGAGGUGGCGCGUGGGGAGGUACCAACGGCGAAGAGUGACGUCUACUCGCUUGGUAUCACCGCGUUGGAACUCCUCACGGGACGGCUGCCGUGGAGCUACGCAGCAACGGCCACAUCAGCGGCAUCCGCAACGAAACGGAGCAGUCUGCACACAUCCAACGGCGAUUUGGCCGAGCAGAAGGAAGAUGAAAAUGAGAUGAAAAACAGUGCUGGGGUGGAGCAAAGUGAGACACCUACAUGGUUCGAGCACCGGGAGGCGUUCUUGGGCAGCCCCUUCACGGGCAUGAGCGACGCCGAUAGCGCCUGGGCGCAAACCGAACGCUGCGACAUUGAUUGGCUGCUGCGGAGCCCAAAGCAGCUCAUCAUCAGCGUUGGUAAGGGCGACGUCGUGCCGGCAAUCCCGUCAUGGCUUGACGACGACGUCCGUGACUUUGUGGAGUUGUGCGUGGCGCCAGAGCCCGACAAGCGGCCCACCGUGGAGGAAUUACUGCAGGAUCCAUGGAUGUUCUAG